AAUGGGUCUCGUAGCGACAAGUUGCCUGCCAUAGUUCCAACUCGCGUAAAUCGACACAACUCUCCUCUCUUUGCACGCUAUUUCUCCCUCAUCACAUCGCUUUUCAAGUAUCUACCAAAGAAAUCCGGUUUCCUCUUUGGAAAUCAGAUUUUAUAUUAAAAAAAAACAAAUAAACAAACCGUUACGGAAGAUGGCGUUAGAAAUCGACGGAAAUGAGCAGGAAACCGAGAAAUAUUGUAAAUUCUGCUUCGGAACGGAAAGUGAUAAUGCGUUAAGCUUCGUUCAUCCGUGUCGAUGUCGAGGAUCUAUUCACUGGGUUCAUCAUCAAUGCCUGGCCAUGUGGUUUUCGAAAGCGAAUGCUGUACAACAAGUUAUGUGUAUUCAGUGCCAAACACGAUAUCAAAAACAAUUAACACUCAAAUCAUGGAAAUCCUGGACAAUUCCUCGCUUUGGAAUCGAUAAGUUUGGCUUGCUGGAAAUUACUGUUGAUUUAUGGAUAACAUGGAGAACUGUAUCCGGUUUCGUUGGAAUGAUGAACGGAACAAAGGGAAUUUUCCGAGAGAUAAUUCUAUGCACCAUGUGGAAAUGUUUUGUAGCAUCUGGAAGGAGGUUUUGCUACUACGGAAAUCUCGGACUAAGACUUGCUUCUUCGAUUUUCCGAGUUAGUAUUGAUGACUAUGAAGAAAGACGAGAAAUCAAGGCACGACUUCCAACCGAUAUGCACUGGGAAGAAAUCAGCCAAUCGUCUGUUCUCAACUAGUACAGUUCACUUGUCCUCCAUACGGGUUGCUGAAGUGCUCAAGUGUCGCUCCUCCUCUUAUUUGCUUUAUCCUCCCAACAACUGACCUGGUUUUCCGUUUUCUUUCUCUCACACUCUUGUCUCUAUCAUCUCAGUGUUUUUUCUGUAUUUUCUGUGAUUUCAGCUUCGUUGUACCAAUAAAACGACAAAUUUGUACUUAUCAAUAAAGUUUUAAUUUAUAAC